AUGUCACGAGAAGAGCUGUUGGUCUUGCGAAAGACCCUGAAAGACCUGCUGGACAGAGGAUUCAUCCGAGCGAGUAGCUCAGCGGCUGCCGCGCCGGUGCUGUUCCGCGACCGAUACCCACUGCCCCUCAUCGCGGAGACCCUGCAGAAUCUGGCCAAGGCUAAGUGGUUCACCAAGUUGGACGUGGUGGCCGCUUUCCAUAAGAUCCGCAUGGCUCCGGGACAUGAGGAAAGACUGCAUUUCGCACGAGCGUACCUGGAUGAUGUACUGAUCUACUCGAGCGGUUCGAAGGCGGAUCAUGAGGCUAAGGUGCGACGAGUUCUCCAAGCACUCGCCGACGCUGGGCUGCACCUAGACCCAGCGAAGUGCGAGUUUUCGGUACAAGAGGUCAAAUACCUUGGCUUUCUGGGCUUCGCCAACUAUUACCGGAUCUUCAUCCCCGACUAUGCCAAGAUCACGCAGUCUCUGGAUGCCCUGCUUAAGAAAGGAACUGCCUUUCAUUGGGGACGAGCGGAGAACGAGGCGUUUCAGGAGCUGAAGCGACGAUUUUGCGAGUCACCGGUGCUCAAGCAGUGGGACCCGAGCCUCCCGACCUUUUUGGAGACGGAUUGCUCAGGCUACGCAUUGGGAGGCGUCCUGUCGCAGGAAGGCCCAGAUGGACGUCGACACGCAUGCGCCUUCUUCUCGAAGCGACUUUCGCCAGCGGAGUACAACUAUCCCAUUCACGACAAGGAGAUGCUUGCCAUCAUGAGAUGUCUCGACAACUGGAACGCCGAACUUAGGAGCUGCGGCCCAUUUACAAUCCUUACCGAUCACCGCAACCUGGAGUAUUUCAUGACACGCCAGAAGCUCACGGAACGGCAGAGCCGUUGGGCAGCCAAUUGUCCCAGUUCGACUUCAAGCUCGAGUAUCGACCGGGAAGCGAGGCUGUCGUGCCUGAUGCGUUGUCCGCCGUGA